ACGGUUAGUCUCCUCCGGACCUUGGCUUGAAUACGUACUUGGGUGUGGAGAAUACAUAGGAGAGGUUGUGUUAUUCUCUUCUUUGACUUUACAGGAAAUGCCAAGUAUUAGUGGAUAUCCGAGAAAAGAGAAAGGAUAGGCCUAUCUAGCCACAUGUGAAACACCGCCGGCAUCCUAGCUCCAAUCCAUGGGCUUCGUGGGGACCAGAGUAGGGGUAGUGUCACCUCUUAUAAAAAGCGGCUACACGACCAGUAGCCGUUCCGAGGCUUAAGCACGCCCUGAGCUCAGUCAUAUAACACGUUGUCGACGCCACUGCCAUUUUUUGGUUUACUAGAGAACCUCGGAUCACCUUAUAACAAACGUCUAUUCAAAGGACCUUCUCAGCUGUUUGGAAUCUGGUAUGUUCUGACAGUGAUUAUCAUGCUUUGAUACAGUCUGAUUGAUGAUCAACUUUCGAAGCUCUUCAAGUUUGUAUAAGAGCAAAAGAGUUAAACAAAUCCGCUCGUACCACCUUUCACACCUCAGUAGCACCACCAAUGCUGCCUCAAGAACUCAUUGAGUAUAUCUUGGAUGACCUUUCGGACGACUUGCCAUCCGUGAAAACCUCAAGUCUCGUGUGUCGUGCAUGGAGACCGCGAAGUCAAUAUCAUAUUCACAAUACAAUCACACUGUGUCGGAAAAGCGACGUAUCCGCACUCUCCGACAGGUUCGCUUCCUCACCAAUGAUCGCAGGUUAUGUUCGCUGCGUGAAGAUGGACUUCAGCAGGCUGACGAAGGAAUUCUGGGACAAAGCAUUACCGCUAUUGCACCACCUUCCCAACAUAAACUCCGUCGCGUUCGUUAGCGUGGAUAUGUGCAUCAUCCCAACCAACGUUCAAUCCUUCCUUGCCGAGCACUGUUCCACGUUAAAAGCGCUCUCGCUCUAUAAUGUCGUCCUGAGUAAUUUUGGAGCAUUCGCUAUGCUCCUGAAUUGCUUCCCUCAUCUCCUUCACUUGAACGUGCAGAAUGUGUAUUGGGGAGGAUAUCGGAAUACACCCAUCCCUUCACGACUUCCGAUCCUGCGGUCGCUCUCUCUGGCAUACUGUACAGAGCAGACCGUGCUCAUGGAUUGGUUACUUUCCGAGGAUGACGAUAUAGUUAAAUCGUCACUUUUCACACUCGAAGUCAUAUGGAAUGAGGACCCUGCCGAUGCACGGCGUAUUCUCAGGUCUGUUGGAUCAUCUGUGCAGAAUCUGGUGUUUUUGUGCAUUCCCUCAGGAAAAUACGUCUCAGGAGAUACUGCUGAGCAGAUUGGGCCACUCUGGAUUCGCACUCCCUCUUCAUCCCAAGAGUAUUCAGAAUGUCGAAUUCAAAUGGAUCGACAUGCCCACGAUGCUCGUCGGCAAAUCGCAAUCAAUCUGGAGCAUCAUCAAGUCAAGCUGUAUUCAUUCGAUCAGGUUAUACCUCCGUCCCUCUAUCGUGGGUUCAUAUCACGCUCCGAAUUGGGAUCGCGUUGACGGCUGUUGAACAAACGUCGAAUAAAAGCUAUUAUCAGAUAUUACAGAUCUAUGUACAUUAUUCUCGCAACCAACUACUAAACACGGCGAUCUUUACUAG